AUGGUGUCGUUUGCAGUUGCCACGGUCGGCUUGCUUGCAUUUGUCGGGUUUGCCACCUCCACGAGUGCUUCCCAAGGCCGUGCCAUGCUGGCCGACUCCAUGAUGAUGAGCACGAUGGCGCCGGCCCCAGGCAUGGACAUGUCCAUGGCCAUGGCCCCUGCCCCCGGAAUGAUGAUGCCCAUGACCUUCAAGCAGCCUGCGCUGCCAUACCCUUACACCGCCACAGAGCCCUUCAUUGACAACCGCACGAACACCAUUCACUUCACCAAGCACCUGGCCACCUACUACACCAACCUCAACACCGCUGCAUCCACCAACUCCAGCCUGGCGAUGAUGAAGCUGGAGGAUGUGAUCCCCGCUCUCAACAUGGGCACGCCCAAGGUGAUCCGCAACAAUGCUGGCGGCAUCUACAACCACCUCAUCUUCUUCAAGACCCUGAUGAUGCCCACAGAGAUGACCAACUCGACCAACAACACCAUGCUACCCGCGGACAUCGCCGAGUCGAUCAACAACAGCUUUGGCAACUUCAGCGCCUUCAAGAAGAACAUGACCGAGACCGCUUUGGGUGUCUUUGGUAGCGGCUGGGCGUGGCUCACAUACAACCCCAAGACCAAGGCUCUGGCUGUGGAGCCCACCGCCAACCAGGACAACCCCCUGUCCUCGGGCCUGGGCUACUCCGGCAACACCCCCCUGCUGGGCAUUGACGUGUGGGAGCACGCAUACUACCUGAAGCACCAGAACGUGCGCGCCAACUACAUCAAGGACUGGUUCAUGGUUGUGAACUGGCCUCAGGACCGGGAAGGGGCUCCUGAUGAGCCCAUCAUCAUGAACCCACUGAGGCAUGAGAUCCCUGCACACAUCCGCAAUGCAGAGGACCUGAAGAAUCUUUGAGGCCUGCACUGCUUGGGCAGCACUGUACAGGACUAUGAAAGGGGAUAAUUCUGGAUGCACUCCGCUAAAAUCUGCAUUAAUUCUGGUGGGGACUGCAAGAGUUUCAUUGGCUUCAAAUCGGCUUGCUAGUACUCUGGUGUGUCAAGUUGAACAGGGCAGGUGAAAUGCCCUUUCAAAUGUAAUGAAAUAGAGUCCAACCCAAUUAAAAGUUUGAGGUGCUUCAAGCAAGGCGUAUGCAUGCCAUGCGUGCAUACUCUGGCUGCUUGCUCUUACUGACGGUUGACAACCUGAGGAAGGACAGCGCUUGGAUUAUCUCUUGCAAGUUCUUGCGAUCGGCGAAUUUGAAUUUGCUGUCAAACGGACGGACAGCUGCCACAGUGAUGCACAUUAGCUUUCUGACUGACUCCAUCUGAGCGUGCUGUCCUGAACAGAUAGACUCUAGCUGGCAGCGCUUCCGAAGUCAUGCUAGAAGCGCUUCCGAAGUCAAGCUUUGGCAGGAGCUAGCUAGCUAGCUAUGAUAGCACCGGUCAACACGGAUGAUGUGAUACUGCUGACUCGGAGUC